UUUCGAUGCCAUCAAAAUUAUUGAUAUUGCAUGGUGAGGCGAAGUCUUGUACUUGCUUUACUCUAAGUUGUGUUCCUGAAAGUAUGUCCCUUUAUCUUUAGUAGCUUUGCAGUGAUUUUCUUUCCUUUGACAUGGUCUGAAAACAUAAAAGCCAAAUUCUUGUUUGUAAACAAAAACAAAGGUGUGGCUGACUAGGGCCCUUUAAGGGGAGUUUUAGAUGGCUCGAAUGCAUUGGGAACGAGUGUUAAAAAAGAAUUAAAAGCACACGUAUUGAGGUUACCUCUGCUGCACCUUGCCCCCCCUGUUCCGUAACCAGUACCCAUUUAUACAUCUGGGUGAGGAGAGGCACUAUGAGAGUACAAACACAAUGCAAUGAUCCACAAUAGGGUCCAUUGCACCAACCAUUGGGCCAUCGUGCCUCCUCCUCCAUAGGGUUAGAGUGGAGUUUACCCUAACAUGACAGUUAUAAGUCUAAUAACCGUCUACAGGGGCAAUUUGAGCGUGUUGAAACCUUGUUAACAUUGCGUAACCGAUAGCGACUUAAGGUGACUUUAGGCGACUUAGGGCGACGAGGCGACUUAAGGCGACUUAGGGUGACUUAAGGCGACUUUAGGCGACUUAAGGCCCCAGAGUAGGCUUUACAUUUCCUUAACCCGUUGAAAACCCGUUAAUAUAUACAUUAUUUUCCUUUUGAUCACAAAGACAGCUUUUAAAAGGUUUUGUGAGCGCAGUUCAUUCCAGGUCUCAGAAGUCAAUUAUAAACACGCAUAGCACCUUUGAGUAGUUUGUAUGGUCAUUACAUAAGGACACUGCGGUAAAAACAGCGUUAACAUUACAUGCAGCAAAGCAUAGCUAUUGAUCAGUCCGGUGGCAUGGUUCCAUUUUCUUAUCACUAGUAGUUCCGCAUGUUGGUUUUUUUUUGCACACAUCACAGGUAUCAUAUGUCAUGUAAUUUGUCGCGUCGUGUCAUGUCAAAAUGCAGUUAUCUUAACAGGGUUAUCAUUUUUAUCUCUAGGGACCUGAGAACAAAAUUUCAAAGCCAAUGGCAGAGAUUGACCCAAAGCCAUGAAUAUUACAAGCAACUCUACGACCUCCAACCCGUCAGUUUAUUACCUCAUCCACCCACAUGUGCAUGCAGCACUUUACUUCAGUAUUUUCUUUCUCGGAUUGUUUGGCAAUGCACUCGUGGUGGUAGUUGGGGCGGGAAAGAGAUCUACUGGAUCUUUUCACGACAUCUUUAUUUUCAAUCUGGCAGUAUCUGAUCUCAUGCUCAUCCUGAUAUACUUCCCGAUGUUCUUUGCACACUCAAUGGGACAAUUUAAGGCGCCCAAGACAUUCUGUCAAUUGAUAUGGCCUUUGAUCACGGUCACAUACCUCUCUAGUAUCUUCAACAUCACGUCCAUAGCCGUUCAUCGCAGCAGAGUGAUUGUGAAUCCUUGCGCAUCCGAAUUGCACCAAAGGAGUAUUUACAUCUGGAUCUCUCUCCUAUGGCUACUUUCUUUUAUUUGUAUCCUCCCAGCCAUGGUAUUCGCCGACGUAACGCCAAAUGGGAUGUGCUACGACGCUUGGACCUCUUUGCAAGCCAAGAAAGUAUUCAAGCUUUUCAUGUUCGUUGUUCAUAAUCUCCUUCCAUUAUCCAUCAUAGCUUUUGCCUACGUACGAAUUGGCUUAUCACCAAGCCAAUCAAAAGGUCGAAAACAUUCCAAGCAACCCAGAGUACUAUCUAAAGCAAGACGACGGGAAAACAUUCAAGUUGUGGGGACCAUAGCGUCAAUUGUCAUAAUAUUUGCCGUGUGCAUGUUUCCCAAACAUCUAGCAUUCCUUUACUAUUACUUUGGUAAAAACAGCCCAAGCAAGGCGCAGGUCUUGUUUAGAAUGCUCAUUAUUUCGGAAAUUUUUGCUGUUCUUCACAGCUGUCUAAAUCCGCUUGUUUACGGUACCGUCAUGAAGCAUUUUCGAGCCGAAUACGAAGUCCCUCAAAGCUGUUUUCUGUUGUCGCUGGAACACUCGUUAAGCAAUGAACCUUUCACGGGUACACACGAGCAGCUCAGUUGACUCGGCUCCUUCAGAGUUCAUCAGGUGCACGUUAAAUGCCGCCGAGGUAGCGACUUUAUCAGAAUUAAAUAUGAGUGGUGUUGAACAAACUGAACAGGGUAACGUAAAGCUCUCUGUUAAUAAGGAACAAGUUCCUAACGCAGGAGUUGAGUUGAGUUGGAGUUGAGUAAAAAUGAGCUGCACUGUGUCUAGACUCUAAACAACAUAUCUUAGGUUUAAAGAGGUUAUUUGCUCCUUUUCUGGUCCUUAGGGUUCUUUGCAACUGAAUAUGUUUUUCUUAACUGCAUGAGAUGUUUUUGCGAUUUCUCUUUCUCCAAAUGUACCAUUCAUUUUACAUAGAAAUGCAGAGUAAUUUGGAGAGAAGUUGUGUGUCAUACAUCAUACAUCAUACAUCUGAGGAGAACUUUGUGUGUUCCCACGCAAAGUCAGAUAAAUGUGAUUGAUGGAAUAAACUCUGAGAGAAAUGCACCUUGGUAUACACAUUGCAAAUGUAAUGGGGAUAUUAAGGUUACCGUAUACGAUUAGAGGUGUCUCACGUCCAAUCGAAGUAGCACGGCCGGUUUAAACUGUGCAUACUUUAACUCCUAUAUCAUAUUGAAGCUUACAACUUUUUUCUUGCAAGGGACAUAGAGCCGGCACAGUGUGGUUUGUAUCAAAGAACGAAUCAAAUUGCCUGAUAGAAAAUAAGAUGGAAUCUAUAUUACUCUGGAGACGUGUCAGAUUACUGUAGUUUGCUCAGUCAA